AUGGCGGACGUAGAAGCAACGAAGUCUCUGAGCGGACUGUUGAAUGGAAUAGCUCAAAAAGUAUAUUAUAACAACAGCGACAUCACAGAGGAGCUGCUGAAAAAUGAGUUAUACCCCGACCUGUCGCAGGAGGAGUUCAAAGCUUUAUAUGAGAAAAUGAAAGGAUUGCUAAAGUCUAUUGCCACAGCAGACAUGGACCAUGCCCAGCUGGAGGCCUUCCUCACAGCCCAGACUAAGAGGCAUGGCGGCGGUGGGGCGACUGCCGAACAGGCCGCCGCGCUCUCUCGCUUCUGGAAGAGCCAGCGAGCCCGGGUGAGGGAGAGCUUGCUGGCUCAGAGCCGCUGGGAGCCUGGCCUCAGGGGCCUCUCUUGGAGGGUGGACCUCCAGACUGCAGCUAGCCGGGGGGAUGCAGCCCAUAGUGGCCCAGUUGCCCUGGUGGAGCUGGAGCUGGGCAGAGCCGGACAGGACUCAGAGUUUGUGUGUCUGGAGUUUGACGAAGCCAGAGUGAACCAGGUGCUGAAGAAGAUGGCUGAUAUCCAGGAGAGCAUCGACAGCAUCGUUCACCACACCUGAAGCGUUGUUCCUCAGACGGCAGAGACACAGUGAUUCUGACUGAGAGACCACUGACCACCUCCAGCUGUCUCUUCCUGCAAACGGGUGUUUUGUGGGAGUUUUUCAGAUCUGUGUUUGCCAGACUGGAUCCAACAUGACGUUUGCACCUGCCUACAGACUCAGACUGGACAUACUGUAUAAAGCAUAUAAUCAGCACACACAUACAUGUUCACAUAUGAUUCUGAAGGGUCAGACUUGUUGGUGGACAAAAAGUAGUUGGUUUUUUAAAUAUUCUUAACCUGGAAUAAUUCAAAGUGCUGGACUGUUUUACGGUUACUGUUUACAUCACAGUGAUCUUGUGCAGCCCUCCUCUGAUAGGAUGAAGGUUCCUCUCUGACCUGAAACGUUUCUUUGCACUUAAGUAGUUUAAAGCAGCAGUCUGAAGCAGGGAUGUUUGGAUUAUGCAAUGAAGCAAGUGUAACGUGAACAUUAUGACGAGGAUGACCUUUAUUCUAAAGGUCUGCUCAGACUCAAUGUAAAGUGUUUGAGGGGAAUCGAUUGCAUGCAAAGUCAAUGCAAAGUGCAAAAAAUGCAAAAAAACAAACAAAAAAAACCCAACCCUGUUUCGCAGGUGGUGCAAAUUGAGUCGGUUUCAGUGUUUCAACUGAUCUUGUUUGGUGAGGGAAAAAAACAGUAAAACAUUCCAGCUUUAAAAUUCACAGAAAUUGUACAGAAACGAGCUUCUGAACGUCAUUUAAGACGAGGCAUUCUGGGGAAUGCAUUCUUGAUAUCGCCAUCUCUCCUUCUUCACAUUGUGAUUACAUGUUAGUGAGCCAGAUUUACUGUCCCUCUCUCUCCACGUCCCCCCUCCCCUCCCCCUCAUCAUGUCACAGCAUGAACGCAGCCUGCUCCUGAUUGGCUGGAAUCGUGUUACCUGGCUCGGCCCCACCCACAUUUACAAAGCCAGUCGUGUGAACAAAAAGUGGAAUUUUUUUUACAGCACACACGGAACAGACAGCUAACAGACCAAGAUAUGCUUACUUCACACCAGGCACACCUAUGCUGACACGAGCGUAUGACAGAAAUAUGAUGCCAUAAUAUGCAUAUGAGCAUAGUUGUUGUUUUCAUUGUUUCUUUGUUGAGUUUUGGAUUGGAGGAAAUCAAGGGGAAAACUGCGUAGAACAUCUUAUCACUUUAACUGCUAAACAACUCGUGUAAAAUCUGCUUGCCGUCUCUGUCGCUGUUUGCUGAUCCAGUGAGGCAGAAGCUUGUUUUAUCAGUGGGAACGUACUCACGCAGCUGUGAUAAGACCAAACUGCACUGAGCUCUUUUCCCUUUACAUUUAUGGACACGGUUCACACCUUGUUGAGCUGUGGCCUUCAUCGAGGUCAUCAUGAAACACACUACAAAGAACAGUGGGUACAAUGGGCACAGGUGGGGCAGGUAUAUGGCCUUAUGGUUACAGGUCAAUCAUCAUCCCAGACUGACAGAGAGGGAAGGGGAGUGUCCAGUAAGGAACAUAGGUGACACUAUUUGAUCCAUAAACUGGAGAAGAGCCGAUGGUUUUAAGUUCGUACAGAAGAGGCCUCAACAUAAAAUGUGCCUAUUUGAUGUGGAUCACUUUAAAAACACUUUCAUAAAAAAAAUAUAUAAGUGCUAUAUAUAGAAAGAGCAACAAGCUACAUCCUCAAAAUACAUUAAAAACAAUAUGAAUGAGAGACAACUACCAGAGAAACUCAUUCAUGCCUCCUGGAGAUAAACUACUCUUUUCCUGAGAAAUUUGACAUCACCUCCUCUGUGACUGGACUUGAUCACUGUUUUAUGCCUGUAUGGAACAGAUGAAAUGUGACCGUUUUUAUGCUGAAAUGCCUUGUAACUACUUACAUCACGUCUCUUAAUGGAGAUCCUUUGUGACUCGCCGAUAGCCCUGUCGCUCAUGUUUCGUCUUCAUUUAAAAGUUAGCAUAGAAUGUAGUAAAUGAUGUGUGGCUUAGAUUUGGAGCAUUUUGAGUAUUCAUCGUAUUAAUAGGGACAAAUCUUUUCAAUCCAGGGAGUUGAGUCACAGGUAAACUUUUCUUGAGAGGGAUGGGAUGAAUGAUUUCAGCAUGACGGAGUGUAUUCCACUUGGUAGGUUUAGUGUAGAGAUAGGAAGAGAGGACAUCAUCUUUAUUUGUUACAUCUCUAUCAAGAAAAUUCAUUUCUUCAAGGCUGUAGUUAAGUGGGAAUUUUAGGCCUGCAAAGUUACCAUUCAUACGAUUAAAUGUUUACAAUGAAAAAUAUGUGAUAUCUGAUUCAUAACGAGGAUGCUAAACAUUAUACCUGCUUCAAAUCAGCAUGUUAGCAUUGUGAGUAUGUUAACAUGUUGGCAUUAGCGUUGAGCUCAACAGCCUCACAGAACUGCUGCUUCUGUUCAUCCAUUAUUUCUUUUCUGUCUCGUGAUUGAAAUGAAGAAAUGUUCACCUGUGACGUCUCAUCGCAGGUGAUGUGUGGACACGAGCAGUUCAGCCUCUCAGAUUCUCUCUCACCUCAUCAAAUACAUUGUUUGUUAUAGCUUUAACCAUCUUGUGACCCCUCAAGUGCUUGAUUAAAGAGUAUUUGCACAAAAAAGUGUUUUCUAAAAAAGUUGGGAAGACUGUGUGAAACCUAAAGAGAAAAAAUGUGAUU